AUGUUGAAGAGUUACCUUACUCUUCUUGUCAAGGCAGCGAGUGAUCUUGUGGAGAAGGGAAUGGAACAGUUUCUGGUACGAGGGCUUGCAAAUCUCGAGAAGUUCUUGGAACGAGAGAAGAGCUUGUAUAAUUACAAUAAGGAUCAAUGGGAUUUCGUGUCUUGUUUCUUGUCCAAGAUCAAAGACUUGGGACCACUAACGAAGGAGGCUACUGGGAAGAUCCAUCGUUUGGUUAAGUCUACCCCAUCACUCGUUCAACAGCCACAUGAACAUGGAGCAGGUUCUGAACAUGAAUGGUCUGAUCGUUCGGCAGCGACUGAUCUUGUGGAUAAGGGUAUGGAACCGUUUCUGGUACGAGGACUUGCAGAUGUCGAGAAGUUCUUGGAACGAGAGAAGGGGUUGUAUAAUUACAAUAAGGAUCAAUGUGAUUUCGUGUCUUGUUUCUUGUCCAAGAUCGAAGACUUGGGACCACUAACCAUGGAGGCUACGGGGAAGAUCCAUCGUUCGGUUAAGUCUACCCCAUCAGUCGUUCAACAGCCACAGGAACAUGGAGCAGGUUCUGAACGUGAAUGGUCUGAUCGUUUGAACAACUUACAGCCGCUUGAGAUCUUAAGAGUCUUUGCGUCCACUGAUGUUGAAGAGAGGGAAGAAGAGUCAACAGACGCUUCAUUGUUGAGAGAACUUCAGCCAUUGCUCAUCUCUUGCCUUUGGGAAAAAGAAAGAAUCUCUGAGAGCAUGUUCAAAGUCCUUAGUGAAGUUGUCUACAGCAUUGCGGAAACAGAUUUUCAGAGAGCGGUUUAUAUCUUCCAGUGCUUAACAAUGUGGCUUCAUGAGGAGUUUAUGGAUCCUAUAGUGGAGCAUCUUCUCCCGAAGAUAAACAAAAGGCUAAACCCACCCAGUGAUGUUUUGGUAGAUAACAGCUGCUGGGUCUUGUCGUUUUUGGGUGCCUUCUGUGUCAUCAUUCAACUAGUAGCGAUGAAAUUUUAUGCUGGAACUGUGAUGGAGAUGGCAGAUAAUAUGGUAGAUUCAGUGACGGAGCUUGUGGAAAGAAAAAUGGAAGUUGGUUUGCGAGGAGAGCUUUCAGAGAUUUGGAAAUCAUUGUGA